AGCGCUAAAUUUCGCUGAAUUAUAAAAGUAUAAAGAAGUGGUAAAACGAAGAGCCGUUUGGGAGCCGAAAGAGACGGCUCUUUUUGUUUUUUGGUUGAGCUGAGCCGAAUGAUCUGGAUCACUAAAAAGAGCCUGACUUCCCAUCACUAAGAGACAAGAGAGUGAGUUGACGCAUGCGCAGUGUCACCUGGCUGCUCGGUGUCUGGGAGAUCUGAGGAGAAGAAGAUGAUGCGGCUGAGCGGCCGGCACGGACUGAAUGCAUAAUUGGCCUAUCUUUAGUCAUAGCUUCUUUCACUUGCCUUCUGUGUAGUUUCUUGCCAAAAAUUGCUUGUUUAAUGUCAAACUGUAACCGGAGCGACGUAGAUUAGCAGAAGAAGAAGGAGAGGAGAGAAGAGGAGAGGAGCAGUAACUGAGAGGAGGAGUUGGAGCAUCACAUUGCACCGGAUGUCAUUACACGCUGUUAAAUAUCGAGGACUAUAAUCGGGGACCAAAGGCAGAGCCAUGGAGGUUGUAACACAUUUUGUGAAUGACACUGUAGAAUUUUACAAAUGGGGCCUUACUAUAGCAGACAAGAGGGUGGAGAGCUGGCCGAUGAUGUCAUCUCCCGUCCCCACUCUGGCCAUCAGCUGCCUGUACCUGCUCUUCCUGUGGGCGGGGCCUAGAUACAUGCAGAACCGCCAGCCCUAUACACUCAGGAAGACCCUCAUAGUCUACAACUUCAGCAUGGUGGUACUCAACUUCUACAUCGCCAAAGAGCUCCUAAUAGCCUCUAGAGCAGCCGGCUACAGCUACCUCUGUCAGCCUGUCAGCUACUCCAACGAUGUCAAUGAAGUCAGGAUAGCAUCUGCUCUCUGGUGGUACUACAUCUCCAAAGGAGUGGAAUUCCUGGACACAGUCUUUUUCAUCCUGAGGAAGAAGUUCACCCAGGUCAGCUUCCUCCACGUCUACCACCACUGCACCAUGUUCAUCCUCUGGUGGAUCGGCAUCAAGUGGGUCCCCGGUGGACAAUCGUUUUUCGGUGCAGGCAUCAACUCUUCCAUCCACGUCCUCAUGUACGGUUACUACGGCCUGGCAGCCCUGGGACCUCAGAUGCAGAAGUACCUCUGGUGGAAGAAAUACCUCACCAUUAUUCAGAUGAUCCAGUUCCACGUGACCAUCGGCCACGCCGGCCACUCCCUCUACACCGGCUGCCCGUUCCCCGCCUGGAUGCAGUGGGCUUUGAUCGGCUACGCCGUCACCUUCAUCAUCCUCUUCGCCAACUUCUACUACCACGCUUACCGACGCAAACCUUCCUCCGCGCAGAAGGGAGGCAAGCCCGUCGCGAACGGCACCUCCUCCAUGGUAACUAACGGCCACAGCAAAGCGGAGGAGGCGGAGGAUAACGGGAAGAGGCUAAAGAAAGGAAGAGCGAAGAGGGAGUAAAGGAGGAAGAGGGGCUUAAAAGAAAGAGGACAGUUGUUUUUAAGGGGCCAGAGAAGGAGGGAGAGGUAGAGAAGGGAUAAACAGAAACCAGACUGGCUUCAUCAUCCCUGCAAAUAAAGUAGAAGGAUGUGAUUUGUGACCAACUUUGAACGGCGGAAGGGUAGAGGUGUGUGUGUUUGUGUGUGUAAGGGGGUUUGAGAGGAAGAGAGGGGUGUUGGUUGUCUCCAUAACAAGCAAGAUGCUGUGUUUUGGACCAUAAUAGGACCAAAAUAUUAAAAAGGACCUACAAAAUGCUCAGCAUCCACUAACUUAUCAACCAAAAUUCACCUCCAACUUUUGUACUCUGGAUUCCAGUAUUGUUUUAACUGACAGCUUAAAUAGUCUUUAAUAUGCUAAUUUAUUUUCUAGUGCUCUAAAAGAGUUUUAAUGAAUUUAACUAUUACCAACAAAAAACAUGCAUAUGUUUAUACCAAAGGUUUUUUCUUGGUUCUGGGGGGGGGAAUUUCUGUUUACGAAUACUUAGAUUUGAAAAAAUGUAGUGAACGGAAACAUUCUCACAACUGCCAUCUACUGUAUUUAACUAGUUUGCAUUCAUCUACCAAUCCCAACAUUGUCAUGGACUUUUUCUCUGUCUCAAACUGAUAUAACUGUGCUGCAUUUACAGAGCAACAUGCUUUUUGUCUCUGUGUUCAUCGUGAAUUAAAAACCUGGUUUAAAACACUUUGGGUGGGAGGGAAGGAAGUGUAGUUUUUUUUUUUAGUAUUUAUGCAAAUUUGUGGGUAUGUUUGUUAUAAUAUUUUUUUGUGGGUCCUCAUGAUUUAUUUCUUUUUGCUGUGCAAUGUAGCCGAGGUGCAAGAAUAAGAGAUUUUGAAAAAUUCAGCUCAAUAUCGUCUCACUGCCAUGUAGGACCGAAUAGAAACCUGAAAAGAGCUCUUCUUUUUUUAAGAAAACAAACGGUUAUUUCAUUGUCUUAUUAAGAAGGAACGCAACACAGCUUCUGGCUGCACAUAUAAACUGAAAUAAAGACAAUGUCAGCACCCCAUA